CUCUUUUCUGCUCUACGGAGGUGGGAAGCAGCAGCACUGAGGUCAAGAGCUUGCUUGCUUGCUUGGCAUGCCCUUCUCCUCCUCCUCCUCCUCCUUUCUUCUCUCGCCAAGCUGAACUGAACCCAGGUGCUUUCGGAGCCUUGGCGUUUUCUUCUCCUCCUUUCUUGCUUUCUUUCUUUCCCUCCCUCCCUCCUUUCUCUCCUUUCCCCUCCCACCCACUUUUCUGCCUCUUCCCUCCCACUUCAAGUCAGGAGGCGAUGAAGGGGAAUGGCAGGAACACGUGAAGGAGCCGAGAGGGAGAAGGAGGCAAGCAGCCGCAGCGCCUCGAGCCCGGCUUGGGGCUGAACUGCACCCGGCGAGGGAAGUGGGGCAACUCAAGGAGGAGGAGAAGGCGGCGCUGGGGUGUUUUUUUCCCCCCUUCCUCCUUCAGUUUGGGUCUUUCUUCAGAGCUGACAGGUGCUUCUUCGAGCCCCCUUCCCAACUUUGGUCAGCGUUGCUCCGGAUUAUGCUCUAAACCCAAAAGGAAGGGGACAAAAAGGGAGGGAGAGUGAGACACCCGAGGGGGAAGAAACUUUUGGAUGGGAUUAUGUGGAAACUACUCUGCUGCUGCCACCGCGUCCUCCUCUCCGGCGGGGCAGCCUUUGUGGGCUGGUGGCGGGGCUGAAAACAAGAAGGGGAGGACUUCUUGAAGGGGGGGAGACAAGGCUCUCCGUGUGCUUGCUGCGUGGCUCGUGAGAAGGCUCCGACUCUCGCCCUCCCCACCCCGCCUUGCCCAAAUGCUCCUCUUCGGGCUCUUCUGGCUGACAUCUGCCCUGGCGGCGCAAGCCGAGCUGAACCUCAGCAGCAAGUUCCAGUUCUCCAGCGCCAAGGAGCAGAACGGAGUGCAAGAGCCACAACAUGAGAAGAUUAUUACAGUGUCUUCCAAUGGAAGUAUUCACAGCCCAAAGUUCCCAUAUACUUAUCCCCGCAACACAGUACUGGUGUGGCGAUUAGUAGCAGUGGAGGAGAAUAUGUUGAUACAGCUUACAUUUGAUGAACGGUUUGGGCUUGAGGACCCAGAAGAUGAUAUAUGCAAAUAUGACUUUGUAGAAGUUGAAGAGCCCAGUGAUGGCAGUAUUUUAGGACGGUGGUGUGGUUCUUCUGCUGUUCCAGGCAAACAGAUUUCCAAAGGGAACCAGAUCAGAAUCAGAUUUGUUUCUGAUGAAUAUCUUCCUUCUGAGCCUGGAUUCUGUAUCCAUUAUACACUUCUUACAUCACAUCAUACAGAGUCUGCCAAUCCAACCGUGCUACCACCAUCGGCUCUGCCAUUAGAAUUGUUAAACAAUGCUGUUGCUGGAUUUAGUACAGUGGAGGAACUUAUCAGGUACCUUGAACCAGAUAGAUGGCAACUAGAUUUGGAAGAUCUAUACAGACCAACAUGGCAGCUUCUUGGGAAAGCAUACAUUCAUGGGAGAAAAUCUAAAGUUGUAGAUUUGAACCUUCUGAGGGAGGAAGUACGAAUGUACAGCUGCACACCACGCAACUUCUCUGUGUCGCUACGUGAGGAGCUAAAGCGAACAGACACCAUCUUCUGGCCGCUUUGUCUGCUGGUUAAACGUUGUGGUGGAAAUUGUGCCUGCUGCCAGCAUUCCUGUACUGAGUGCCAAUGUGUCCCCACAAAGGUUACCAAAAAAUACCAUGAGGUCCUGCAACUGAAGCCGAGAAACGGAGUUAGAGGACUGCAUAAAUCUCUGACCGAUGUACCUUUGGACCACCAUGAGGAGUGUGACUGUGUAUGUAAAGGGCAUUCAGAAGGAUAAAAGGAACUAUAUGUACUUCUCCUUCUUUGCAGCACAUACAAAGAGUGGCUGAUGUUGUUCUGGGAUUGUGCAUUAAUUUCCUUCUGUAAUCUCAGUUGUUUGCUUUGAGAAUCUUUGGUCUUCAAGAUUUGACACUGCUGGGGCACACAGAAAGAAGAAACCAAGAUGGGAUUAUAUAUGCAAUGUAACAGGAAGGUUGCUUGAAGGCCCCCAAUCAGGAUGAAGAGAAGAAGGCAUCAAUGCGGGAUUGUUUUCCCCCUUCAAUAUAUAUAUAAAUAUAUAUAAUAUCAUCUCCCUCAAACAUCUUGUAUUUUAAAAGAUUGAAGUUUAGAAGUGUAGGGAAAAACAAUAGUAAAAAAAACCUUGGACUCAUUCCUGCAAAAUUUUGUUUGCAGGUUUUAUUUUGUUUCUCUUUGUCUGUUACUUCUGGCUUGUAUUCAGAAUAUCUGGAAUUUCUCUUAACUCAACUCACCAGCACCUGUAUAUUUUAAAUCAAAAGUGUUUUUAAUUGUCUUACAGACAGUCUUAUUCCGAUUUAAAUUUAAUUUGUCAUUGAUGCAAUAGAAAAUGAAAGACUUUCCAGUAAGGUUGCUGUUGUUUACUAAACAUUCAGUGGUCAGUAUAUGUGAACAAGGAAGAAAACAAACAACAUUCAAGGUGUGGCUCUUUUCUUGUUUUUAUGCCCUGCAAGUAUUUUUGUUUGUUUAUAAUUUUAUUGUGUACAUUUUUAUACUCUCUUUGACAGCAUAACUAUUUGCUUUUCUAAUCUUGUUAAAUAUAUCUAUUUUUACCAAAGGUAUUUAAUAUUCUUUUUUUAUUACAACGUAGAUAAAAUACUGUUUAGUUUUGUAAGACUUCGGAGUCAGAGAUAUAGAAUAGAGGAAGAAUUAACUGUUUCUAAAAGGCGAGAAUCUAAAUCGUGUAUCUGCACAUUAAAAAGGUAAACAAGGGACGUGAAAAUAUUACUCUGAAUUUCAUAAUUUUAUAACUAGCUUCACAAUGCUGGUGGAUGACAAAGGAACAUAGUGGCAGUCAAACCGUCCUCUUCAAAAAAAUAGUGCCUCAGUCCAGAUGAGGUCUGUGCACAGAAGCAGGCUUCAGCACAUUUAAAUAAGUUAAUAUAUAUUGGCUGUUACAUCAAGAAGCAUUGCCAUAAAUUUGGUAAUAAUCA